UGUUAAUAGUGACAUCAAAUGUACAAUAUGAUGACCUCUGUUAUGUAUUUAACAAUGAAACAAUGUAACCGGAAAUUGUCAUUAAUAUUAUCGGUGUGUAACUUCCCUUGAAAAAUCGCGACCCUACUUUACUUUUAUGGUAUACGCGCUAGAUUGGGAUAAAUGGAGAUAUUACGGAUUUUUGUUGGCAUUUGUGUUGUAAUCUUUUGUAAUUGCGCACAACAAUGUAAAUACGAAGAAUGCUACUCAAAGAGAGAUAAACGGCAUGUCACGUGUGUGGUUGAAGAUAUACCAGAAGAUGGGAAGAUUGUCUCCCUUGAAAUCGUAGAAGAGAAAAAGAAAAAUAAGUGUACAGAAAAUGAAAAUUAUGGAUUUACUUCAAAAUCAAUUUGGGUGUCUGACAAAUGCAGUGCAGAGUUCAAAGUCUGCUUCAUCAAAGACAUAGAUGACGACUUCUCUACUACAACUGCCAAGAUAACUAGCACAAGCGACACAAGUAAAAAAUCUACACGGUUUCCAGGAUAUUUUUCAAAAACCACACAAGGUAGGAUACCAACGAGUACAAAGUCAACUAAAGAGACUACAGAUAAAGUCAAAUAUGCAACACCUACAUACCCAACCAAUAGUACAAAUGGAAACAGAACUUCUCAAGUCGAUAAAAUUCUAACAGCUGGUAUUCUUGGAGGUGUAGUUGGUGGACUGAUAUUCCUGUUGUUAGUAUUGAUAUUGUGUGUUGUUGUCUUGAGGAGAUUUUCAUGUUUUAAGAAACGAAAAUACGAUCAACAUUAUAAUAAUAAUAAUGGACACAGGAAUGUAACCUCAACUGAUUCUCAAGUGACAACCGUAACCAAUGGUGACAAUGAAGAAUACGACACUCUCGAAAUUUAUAGCGAAGGGAGAAAUCAUCAGUAUGAUGAAUUCUCACAAGUUCGUUUUGAUCAACCACAUAAUUAUAUGACAGUAUACGAUUCGUUGACACCUCCGAAGUUACCGCCCUAUAACAACCGUCCUACUGACAUUGGGAACAAUGCACGUGUGCAUGUAAGACAAUCUCCGAUUAGUAAGAAAGACAUGAAAAUCGGAGAUUAUAUCGAUUUGACUUCAACCGAUGAUGGAUCUGAUCGAUCAAAGAUCUUUAAAGUGUCGAUUAAAAAUAAAUAUAAAAGUGAUGAAUUUUGUGAAACCAAAGAUUUAAACCUGACAAACUACGAACUUGCAAAACCAGUUCCAGAUACUACGUCAUAUGAACCCCAACAGUACGAACUUGCAAAACCAGCCGACAGUGAAAAAGAGGCUCCUAAUCGUGUAUUGAACAGUGAUAAAGCCUGUAGUGACGAUGCCUACGAUAUUUCGGGGGAAAGUAAUAACACAUGUGCUAAAAGUGAAAACAAUCUUUGUAGCCAUUCUGAAGAUUUGUACUAUGUUACACCUCAGCAAUACGGAGGGCCAAGAAUAACAGAUCAUGCUAAUUAUGAACUAUGCAGAGAAAAUAGGACUUCAGAUGAUUAUGACUUAUUUCAAAAGAAAAUAAAUGUAUAGUUCAAUAAUGAAAAACAUUUCUACAUUUUAAAACUUGACCACUGAGUGGAAAAUGGUGCUGUCGGUGCAACUUAAUAGUAUUGUCUUAGCUUACAAAUGGUUUAACUAAUAUUUAGUUUGAUGAGACUUCUUUUUUGUAUUUGCUUGUUUGUGCGCACUUGGUAUGGUUAGGUUGGUUCCCCUUCUUAAAUGUUUAGAUUUAUUUGAAAACACUUUAAUGUAAUAAACUGAGUGUACCCUGUUUUAGCUUCAUCUAUUAAAUAUUUUGCGUUAAUUCAAUACCGACAGGGAAACUUUUAAAUUAUCCAAAUAAAAGUCAAACUACAGAAAAUUUUACGACCCUUUUUAUGGAAAGUUCAAUAAAAUUACGAGCGUUCUUUGUUUACUCAGACAUAAUGUGAUUAAAAGUAAUGUCUUUAAUAAUGGUAAUAAAAAUGAUGUUGUUUUA